GCCGUAAACUAAUCUGUGUCGGCUUCGUUUUUACCCUGUAUUAGAAGUGGUUUUUAACUUUAAGGGAUAUGGAAAGCUACCAAGACCUUAUAUUGGAUCUUGAACGUCAGGAACUGGAGGCGCAAGAUCCCAGUUCGGCGCUGUAUAUUAAAUUAUUUGCCUGCUACUUGGUAGAAAACAAAUUGCACGAUGCCAAGUUUUUAUGGAAACGCCUACCGCAAACUUUAUGCAAAGAAAAUGAGGACUUAAAGGCAUUGCAUGUAAUCUUACGGUCUCUCCUUGCCAACAAUAUUCUGGAACUUCUUCAGCACAUUGAGAGGGAAUGGCCAGAAGAUAUCAAGCCCAUCAUGGAAGACUUACUACGGACAACCGAGCAAAACAUAAUUGGUACUGUUCAAAAUGCCUAUACGUCUAUAGUUAAAAAGAAUUUAAUAGACGCUAUUGAUGCAUACCAAAAACAUAUGAAUGGAACCUCUUUGUCAGAUGAUAACAGCUCGUCUUAUUGCGUCUCUCGAAAUGCAAUGUCAGUAGUGAGUUCGGAGCAUCAAUUAUCAAAAUUGACUGGAUUUGUAUCGUUUUUAGAAAACUAAUUGAUUUAACUGAAAUAUACUUUAAAUUAACAAAAAUAAUAAAAAUAUUACAAAAACA